AUGGAGAUGGCAAGGUGUUUACUCUUUAAGAAAAGUUUGCCAAAAACACUGUGGGCAGAAGAUGUGAACAUAACCAAGUAUUUGCUAAACUUAGCUCCAACAAAAGCCCUGAUUAAGCAAAAUGCAGGUUAUAUACUGAUGCACCAAAAAAAAUAUGGUUCAGAGUUGUUGAAGAACUUCAAGAUGGAAAACUAUAAGUCAGUAGCAACACCACUGGUCACUGAAAACAGGUUUGGUUUGAAUGAUGGAAAUGUAGAAGCUAAUGAGACGUACUACAAAAACCUCAUUGGAAGUUUACUCUAUCUUUCUACAUCUAGACCAGAUAUUAUGCAUGCUACUAGUCUGUUGUCUAGAUUUAUGCAAAAGCCUUCAGAAGUUCAUUUAAUGGCAACUAAAAGGAUUCUUAGAUAUGCUAAAUGA